AUGGCCGCAACGUACUCGCUCGCAGACCUCAAGACGCACAAGACGCGCAAGAGCCUCUGGCUCUCCAUCCACCAUAGCGUAUACGACGUGACCAAGUUUAUUGACGAGCACCCCGGAGGCGACGAGGUGCUCCUCGAGGAGGCUGGGCGUGAUGCUACCGAGGCGUUCGAGGAUGUCGGGCACUCGGACGAGGCGCGCGAACUCCUCAAGACGCUCCUGAUUGGCAAGCUGAACCAGGAUGAUGUGGGCAAUCUCAAGAAGGCGCCGGGCGUCAACCAGUCGGUCAACAAGGGCCCAAGUGGCAGCCAGCUGCCCCUCUUCGUCGUGCUCGCCCUCAUCGUCGCGUUCAUCGCGUGGAAGGCCGGGUACCUUGGCUAG